AUGGGUAUGUGGUUAACUGGAUUUGGCUUGGCGCUUGUGCUUGCGACUGGUGUGUCUGAUGCACAAUGGCGAGGAAGAUCAACUCAAACUCAGAAACCUCGUGCAUUUAGGCCUCUGUCACAUAUGCAAGUUCCUCUGCAGAGUGAAACCAGGAUGCCCCAGUUUCCGCAGACCAACAACCCCAUGCUUGUGCCACAGAGAUUUCCUUCUCAGUUUUCAAUGCAGACCCCUGUUAUGGCUGUUGGAAGGCCCGGUCAAGAUCCUGUCGGUGUUCAAUCUAAACAGCUAUUGCAGGGCCCGAUGGAAAAACUGAUGUGGACCUUUCCAGGACUGCCGGAAGAACCGGUACAGCCAGAGAUUCCUUUUGAGCUGCGGAACCCUGUUUCUCCCAAUAGUGUUGGGGCUCAGUGUGGUGAGAACUUUGUGUAUGUGGAAGUGAUGGAGGACUUCUUUGGGACUGGAAAACGACUGAUGGCUUCUGGUUUUGCACUGGGAGGCUGUGGACCAACAGGGCAAGACGAUAAUGCUGGAGUGCUCAUUUUUGAAUCUGAACUGCAUGGAUGUGGGAGCAUGUUGACAGUGACCGAUGAUGAGCUUGUUUAUACCUUCACCCUGGUCUAUUCUCCCCAAGAGGUUUCAAUUGAUAUUCCUAUUCUCAGGAGUAAUGCUGCUGAGGUCCGCAUUGAGUGUCACCAUCCAAGAAUGCAUAAUGUGAGCAGCAAUGUCCUGAUGCCCACUUGGGUACCAUAUGCAGCUACUAAGGUCUCAGAAGAGUGGUUCAUCUUCUCACUCAAGCUUAUGACUGAUGAGUGGCAGUUUGAGAGACCUUCAAACCAGUACUUCCUGGGUGACAUUGUGAAUAUCGAGGCCUCUGUGAAGACCUACAACCAUGCACCUGUCCGUGUGUUUGUGGACCGUUGCAUAGCUACUGCGUCCCCUGAUGUGAACUCUGCCCCCAAUUACUCCUUCAUUGAGAAUAAUGGGUGCCUGGUUGAUGCCAAGUUCACCGGCUCGAGCUCUCGCUACCUGCCUCAAACUCAAAUCGACAAGCUGCAGUUUCAGCUGGAGGCUUUUAGGUUCCAACAAAUGAACAGUGGGCUGGUCUACAUCACAUGCAUUUUGAAGGCGGUUCCUGUAGCCACUCCAACAAAUCCUGAGCAGAAGGCUUGUUCGUUCUCCCCUAAUGGGUGGAUGUCUGUAGAUGGAUCUGAUCAGGUGUGUGGCUGCUGUGACUCGACCUGUAGUAGUGUUACCGGCCAGGUUGUUCAAGAUCUACGCUGGGAGCAAGCAUCUGUCGGGCCCCUCAAUGUGAAGGAAUUCAGACGACAGUAA